AUGUAUGUGCUUUUUCUUGUUGAGCUAGACAUAGACUUGUUUGGAUCUAACCAUCAGAGAAGCUGCUCUUCUCUCUCGCCCCAAGCAACCCCCAAGCUCCCUAUACUCCACACCCGCAACUUCCUCCAAGCUCCAGUAGGCUACCGUGCGCAGCAGCUCCAGCCCAAGCUCAGGCCACCCAACGCCUUGCCCGCGCACGAGCAGCAGAGAAAAUUUGGAAAUUCAUGCCUAGUGUUUCAUAUUCACAUCAGAGAGUACUCAAAGAUGGUAGCAGUAGCACUUUAUAUCAAAAAUUACAAUGGAGCAUUAUUUCGCCAAUACCCUGGACCAUGA